UAUGAGGUUUGUUACUAAAUUAAUUUUGUCUUUUUGGUUUCAUUCCUUGGUGUUGGUUAAUUCAUUGCAAAAGCAAGGAAUAGAAUAGCAAUAUUUAAUUCUAAGAAUAAAAGGAGAAAAGAUUAAGGAAUCAAAGAUGAAUCGAACUGUACACCAGGAAAAGCCUUCGCUUUUAGGGAAAGCUUUAAUAUUAAUGACAAGUUAUUAUGGCCCAUUUUAUGAUGAUGGUGAUAAUACAGGAGCCUGUUAUCCAGAGAUCUUUGAACUCUUUCAUAUCCUUGAAAAUAAUGGGUUCGAUGUUGAAUUUGCUUCUGAUACUGGAGACUAUGGGUUUGAUUGUAAAUCAGUACGGGAACCCUAUGCCACAAAGGAAGCGCUAGAUGUUCUGAACGAUCCGGAGAGCAUUUUGAUGAUCAAAUUGAAGACAAUAUCUCGCUUGAGUCGUCUCAAUCCCAAUGACUACGAUGCAGUUAUCGUCUCUGGGGGAUAUGGAUGCUACUUUAAUUAUUCUCAUUGUAAAGAUGGUCAAGGGUUUAUGAAAGCUAUGUUUAACAAAGACAAGGUUAUUGCUACAGUUGCUGAAGGUGUUCUUUUAUUAGCCUGCACUACAAGAGACGAUGGUCAUACCUUGUGUUGGAAUCGAAGGAUAACCGGUUGUACUUGGAGAGAUUCAAUUCAAAGCGGGGUGCAUGAUGUUAUGAAGAAAUUACAUUUUCCUUCUACUGAGGAUAUAGCCAAGGAAAGCGGUGCUAUCUUUAAAAGUUCGCCGGUGUAUCAUACAGGUGGCUUUGUUAUCGAGGAUGGAAAUAUUAUUACCGGAUCGAAUACAAAUAGUGCUGAAGCGGUUGCUAAACAAGUUUUGAAAACUUUGAAAAAACAAGCAUUCUAGGUAACUUAAAGAUCAUACUGAAAUUCCUAAAUAUCUUAGUCCGAAUUCCAAGGGUAUAUGAAUUUCCAUUUACUUAAUAUACCGUAAACUCCCAUUACGGCCUCUUGCUCUCAUCAAUCACGAAUUAUGAUCCAACUCAAUAACUACAAAGGUCAAGCUUUGUAAAAUCGUGUGUUACUUUCCAAACGAUAUCAUGCAAGAAAAGAACUUGCUGGACUUGGCUUUAUUCUCCAUAAUAUAUGUUGCAUAUUAAAUGAUACAGUGAAUAAAUAAACCGUCGUGCCAACAAGGAAGAGAGAACUUUACGCGACAGAGUGUACGUAGUAAACAUUUGUGAAUUUCUUAAAAAAUUUUGUCAUAAUAAUAGUCUUGGUUCUCAUUAAUUGUCUUUCCUUAAUCAAUCCUUAGCAUCGUGGAUUUUGGUUUGAUUACUAUAAGUUAUUUACAAAAGUAGCUAACAAAAAAACAUGAUGAUAUUCAGGUAAGUACUGGUUUUCGCUGAACUAAUAAACAAG